AUGGCUGAGGCCUGGCUCCCGGAGCUGGGGGCAGACGCCGAGCGCACGCCUUGCCCCAGUGUCCUGGAGCUGGAGGAGCUCCUGCGGGCGGGGAAGGCCUCUUGCAGCCACGUGGAUGAAGUCUGGCCUAAUCUUUUCAUAGGAGAUGCGGCCACGGCAAACAACCGCUUUGAGCUGUGGAAGCUGGGCAUCACCCACGUGCUGAACGCCGCCCACGGGGGCCUCUACUGCCAGGGCGGCCCUGACUUCUACGGCAGCAGCGUGAGCUACCUGGGGGUGCCGGCCUACGACCUCCCCGAUUUCGACAUCAGCACCUACUUCUCCUCCGCAGCAGACUUCAUCCACCAAGCGCUCAGCACCCCCGGGGGAAUGAUAUGA